AUGUCUAGUCCUCGCCGCCGAAUAGAGACUGAUAAUGUACGCGCUCAGGUCUUCCCCACCAAGCAUUUGCCCCCGUACUUACAUGUUAAAAGGCUCAUGAGCGACUAUGAAGUUACUCUAGUGAAUGAUAAUAUUUGUCGGGGAUAUGCCCGAGGUAUUGAUCAUUUGGACUAUAGGCAGGAAUUUUACGUUCGGUUCAAAGGCCCCGAAGAGACACCUUUCCAAGGCGGUCUGUGGAAGGUCCACGUGGAACUGCCCGACCAAUAUCCCUACAAGUCGCCAAGUAUUGGCUUCGUCAACCGCAUCUUUCACCCCAAUAUUGAUGAGUUGUCGGGCUCCGUCUGUCUCGAUGUCAUUAACCAGACUUGGUCGCCCAUGUUCGAUAUGAUCAACAUCUUCGAAGUCUUCCUCCCACAGCUCCUUCGAUAUCCAAACCCUACAGAUCCGUUAAAUGGCGAGGCUGCGGCGUUGUUGAUGCGGGAACCGAAGAGUUAUGAUGCCAAGGUCAAAGAAUAUGUCAUAAAGUACGCCAGCAAAGAUGCCGCAGACGAAGCUGGAGCAGAAUCAGAUGAUGAGGACGACAUGUCAUCCGUGGGAAGCUUUGGCGAUGAGGAUGACGAACCAGCCGGCCAAAUGGAGGAAGUUUAG